AUGUUAUCUCGUGGAUUUUUAAUAUCUGAAAUAUUGGAACGGACAAAAUUUUUGACAGCUAGCGAAAAUGAUCCCAUAAAUUCUCCAUUGAAUAUAAUUAUCGAUAGUAGUAUCGAUCAUAAAAAACUAGAUGAUAAAUUAGAAUCAGAAUCAGUUGUCGAGGGUUCAAAUCGAUCGCCGAUUGAUAUAGAAACCCGUCGAGUUGCUGUAAUCGAACUUUGCGAGCCGUUAAAAUGGCACGGUUACUCAUCCCAGCCAGUGGCUAUGACAAUGACAAACGAUGGAAGCUCAAUACGAAGUUUUUGGUCGAGAGGCGUUCGUCCGCGUAUUGUCGGUGGCCCACUAAAGGGCUCGUACCAUUUUAACUCAAUAAUAUUUAAUUGGGGAUUAACUGAUGAUAAUGGUAGCCAACAUACAAUAGAUAGCAUGCGAUAUCCACUUGAAAUGCAGUUGGUUCAUAUUAAAGCUGAUUAUGAUAGCCUUGAGGAUGCUAUUGUUUCGAAAAAUAAAGAAUCAGUAGCUAUUGUUUCAUUUUUAUUCGAGAAGGGAGAUAAUGAUAACAGUACCUUGGAUCCGAUAAUAACAAAUUUGUCACGUAUCAUUGACGCAAACACAAAAGUCUACAUACCUCCAUUCUACCUCGACACUUUAUUUCCAUUAUUCGAAAGCAAAUUCUAUAGCUACAAUGGAUCGUUAACACAGGCACCGUACUCUGAAAUAGUGACAUGGAUUAUUCAAUCAAAAUUACUCAGCGUGUCUCCGUUUCAAAUGGCUCAAUUUCGUAAAGUACAUUCAUGUGGUCCAAUAAUUAAUAACCCAAGACCUAAAUUAUUAUUAAAUGAUCGGGAUAUUUAUUUCCACGAAUUAAAUUGAAU